AUGGCAGCGACGAACCUCGCGGCCCGUUCCGCCGGCCUCCGCGCGCCUCCCCGAGUGACUCGGGGCUCUCGCAGCACUCGUCACACUGUUGUUACGGUGAGGGCAGCGGCACGCGGCGAAUUCGCGAGCUUCUUCCCUGACGAGGUCACCGCUCUGGAGGAACCCGCUGCGGUGGAGAUGGCGAAGAAAGCAAGGCAGGUCUCCGUGGCCGUGCCCGGCAGGGACAAGCCCGUGAUGACCAGCUGCGUCAGCUCACCCGCGCCCAAGGGCGGCGAAGAUGUAUCUCCAUUCGUCCUCAUACACGGCUUCGACAGCUCGUGCCUCGAAUACCGCCGCCUGUUCCCGCUGCUGACCGAGCGCGCCGAGGCUCACGCCGUGGACCUCCUGGGCUGGGGGUUUACUGACGCGGGUGACGCGGGCAUCGGAGAUUAUUCCCCCGAGGCGAAGCGCGCGCACCUCUACGCCUUCUGGAAGCAGGAAAUCGGCCGUCCCAUCACGCUGGUUGGGGCGUCCCUGGGAGGCGCGGCCUCCAUCGACUUUGCCACGGCGCAUCCCGAGUGCGUCGAGAGAUUAGUGCUCGUUGACGCUCAGGGAUUCAUCGAGGGACUCGGACCGAUGGGGAUGUUCCCAAGGCCCAUCGCGCUCGCGGGAGUCAACAUCCUCAAGUCCAGACCCUUGAGGAACACCGCGAAUCAGAUGGCGUACUGUGAUCGCGGCACAUUUGCCACGGAGGAUGCCAUGCGCGUCGGCCAGCUGCACACAUUCCAGCCGCAGUGGGCGGAUGCGACGCUCUCCUUCAUGAAGAGCGACGGAUACAAGGUGGCGAAGCGGGUGCGUGAGAUCACUCAGAAGACUCUGGUGAUGUGGGGAAGGCAGGAUAACAUCUUGGAUCCGGCGUAUGCGGAGAGGUUCGCCGAGGAGAUCCCGGAUAGCAAGCUGGUGUGGGUGGAGCAGUGUGGGCACGUCGCGCAUUUAGAGCAACCAAAGUUUAUGGCCCAGACGUUGUUCGACUUUGCCGGCGUCGAGGCGAAGGUUGCUGCGUAGAAAGUCAGAAAAUCUAGAGCUAGUUGCCUUCGCACUAGCUAGCUCGUGGCAGGUCAAGAAUCAAAGGACUGACGAC